AUGGUCAAGGACUAUAGCGUCAAUGUGCAGGGAGGCGAAGGCGUCCAAGGGUACUGGCACGACCCGCAUCUGGGAGAUCAAUUCUUCUCGAACUCGCCUGAAGGCUCUGUAGAGAGCGACGAUGUGACUGGUUUGAGAUCUGACCGCUACGCAUAUGGGGAACCCUAUGAAAGAACUUAUGAAGCCUAUGAUUUGGAAGACGAGUAUGGGCCGGCAAGGCUACUUCCCAUGGGCAAUCUGAGGAGCCCUCACUACUCGGACGUUGACUCGCCUCUUCUCGGAUCGAUGAGGGACGAUAAUGAGGGUAAUGUCAGGUCUAAGAGCUUUGUAUUUGGAUGGAGCGACGAAGAGGAGGUAGAGCAGUCUCAUUGA